UCUUUCUGCAAUCUCUACAGAUAUCCAAGCCCCCAGGGCAGCAUGUUCAUCUUCCACCACUUCACUGCCCUCUUGGCGGCUUACUCCCUGUUCGGAGCCGCUCUCGCACACCCUGGCGAAGAGAAAAUCAAGCGGGAGAUCGCUGAGCACAAGGCUGCUCAAAUCAAGGGUCGCCAGUCCUUGGCCCAGUGCGCGAACACCCCGUCUUCUCUGGCCCUGAAGGAGCGUGCAGUUGCCCAUCGAGCUGCCAAGGCGCAGGAUCUUCGUCAGAAGCGAGCUCUUACUGACAAAUCCAUGAAAAACAAGCGCGACGUCGACGCCCUCGCCAGAUGGAUGGCCGUCUCGCACGACGAAAGCGCUCUAGGCUACACCAGCGACACGCCCCUCGACACCAUCUUUAGUGGCAACGCGACUUGCUCCCUCGCGUCCGAGGUCACGAUCGGUCCAUACUAUGUAGCCGGCGUGUUGACCCGCGAGGACGUGACUGAGGGCACCGCCGGGGUACCCCUAUACCUCAACCUCCAAUUCGUCGAAAUCUCCACCUGCGAUCCCAUCACCGGCUAUCUCAUCGACAUCUGGCAAUGCAAUGCCAUAGGCGCGUACCAUCCCCCACCACCCCACCGGUAA